AGUGUCCCGACAACUACCUUCCGUCUUCCUGACCAAGAAUUCCACGAAUAGAAAAGGAUUGACCUUUGUAUUGAAAGGAAGAAACUGACUUUGGAAGCUGUUAGCUAGCUUUAUGGCUAGCAUGCACUGAGAGGUAGUUUGUCAGCACAAAACAAACCGUUUAGCCGAUGCUAGCAAGCUAGCUGGCAAGUACAGGCAAGUAAAAUAUCUGGACAACUUUCGGAGAAGAUGAGUAAACCGCACCAGAGCGUAGAACUUACUGUCCCUGGAGGAUCAGCCAAAGUCGACAGCACCAAGAUGGAGGACAUGACUGUGGAGCAGAUGGCCAUGCGGGCCAAUCAAGUGACUGAUGAGUCGCUGGAGAGCACGAGACGCAUGCUGCAGAUGGCAGAGGAGAGCAGAGAAACGGGGGCCAAGACCAUGGAGAUGCUGGACCAGCAAGGGGAACAAUUGAAACGGGUGGACGAAGGCAUGGACAAGAUAAACGAGGACAUGCGGCAGGCCGAGAAGAACCUGACUGACCUCUCCAAGUGCUGUGGUCUGUGUGUGUGUCCAUGUGACCGGGUGAGGUCUAUUGAGCAUGACGGGAAGUACAAGCGCACCUGGGGCACGGGUGAACCCAACAACGGAGAGAUUGGCGAGGGCGGCGUGGUGUCCAACCAGCCGACCAGCCUACGCAACGGUGUGCCACAGGUGGCCGUGGCCUCGGGAGGCUACAUCACCAGGGUAACGAAUGAUGCUCGGGAGGAUGAGAUGGAGGAGAACCUGGAUGCGGUGGGAAGCAUUAUCGGGAAUCUGAAGAACAUGGCCAUGGAUAUGGGCAAUGAGAUUGAUAAGCAGAACAAAACCAUCGACCGCAUCACAGACAAGGCUGAUAUGAACAAAGCUCGUAUCGAUGAGGCCAAUCAGAGAGCCAACAAGCUCCUGUAGAGGGCCCGCCUCUGCCAGAACCUUCCCCAACCAGCCCGCCGACCUCACCCAGCCUGCCCCAUCGGAACUGCACUAACUAACAGGCCCCAACAGAGCCAGCCUCCUCUAGGCUCCGUCAAACAACCUGCCCGUCUGGGUCUACCACAUCCAGCCUAGCUUGGUGGGAAUUCCCCAGGUUACCUUAUCCAUCAAUUAAUCAGGCCCAGUCAGAACUCUCCUUGGUGAGUUUCUUUAAACUUAAAUUUACCCCUGUUCUACUGCCCCCAGCAGACCCCCCCGAGAGAGGAUUUUUACCCUCCGUUCUGCCCCAUACCCUCUCUGUUGGUGUCCGCCUGCCCUAGUAAAGCCACCGCAGCUAGCCCUCCCCCACCCCCAGUCAGGGCCCAGUCUCAGGUGGGCUCCCGUGAGCCCAGUCUCUCUUAACGCCCUUCAGCUGCUGUCCUGUGCCUCGUGAAGGCAGCUCCCCCUCUCCCCCUCUUCUCCUCUUCUCCUCCUCCUCCUCCUCCUCUCCUCUCCUCUCCUGUUCUCUGCCUUAUGAACGGCAGGCCACUGAGACCAUUCAGCUGCAAUAAGGAUUGAGAAGACGAGAAGGCGAACUGAGGUCUCCUCUUCAUCGUUUGCUUUCCCUUCAUCUGAUUUUCCACCAACCCUUCUUAGAUGUAUGUUACUUUGUUUUGUUUGUUUGUUUGUUCCAAUGAAGUUCUUGAAACGUUUUCUUCCCACUUGUUUGAACUCAUUCUCCCUUUGAUGUUCUGCCCUACGUUACCUUGCUUUAUUCUUUUAUAUCCCCAAAAGUGAAAGGUUUUUAAAAAGAAAAAAAAGGGCGUAGAUUUCCUGGAAGUGUACUUUAAAAGGAAGGAGGCACACUUUAAAAAAUAUCUGCCUUGCACAAUUAGGAACUUUAUUCAGUGCCAUCUGUGCCUAUUUGCUCAGUCUUUAUGUAUGUACAUAUGCUAAAACUCACACACACAUUUAUACACAGACAGACCUUACAAACACAAACUCAUCGCCUCUUGUACAAUCAAGUCCUCCCCUCCAUUCUCUGAUAUGUGAGACAGACAUGCUGGAAUUGUACAGGACUCAGUCGACCCACUCUCUACUCAAGCUUUCUACAUUUCCACUGUUCAGUGGUGGGAUCUUGUAAUGUUUAGCUGGAGGUGUCUGUUCUUGGCCAUUUAGUCCUUUUGUAGUACGUAUGUACCAAAGAUUCUAGAACAGAGCUCUGUUCUAGAAUCUUUGGUAUGUACGUUAUGGGUUCUGUUUUCAUCCUGAGGCAGACAAUUUGUCUUGGCCAAAGACCUGAUGAGAAAGUUCUCUCUUUUUUUUUCCCUUAAAUUAUGUGUGUGCAUUUUUUUUUGGUCUUUUUUUUUGUAAAUCAUGGUAUGGCCUCAUUAUAUAUCAUGAUUGUCUUGUAAUUACAUUUUGGUUGUUUUCAUUUUGUAUCAUUUUGAUAUUGUGUGUGCCUAUUUAAUAAUUGUUAUGGAGCAGUGAUGACUUUAAAGUGCGAUAUUUUUUUUUUUUUUUUAAUCCUUAGCACACAUGUUAGUUCAUUUAGAGGAGAACUCAGUGGACAUAGUAGAAAGCCUUAUCGUAUGGGAGCGAAAAAGAUUUGUACAGUUUAUCAGAGUGUGUGUACUAUGAAUUGAGCUAAACUUUAAUUAAGUAUCCAUCUUCAAAAAUCAAACUGGUGAACUGAAAGCAUGAUAAGUAUAUAAUAACUCUUAAUAAAAUCAAAAACUCUGUUUCA